CAUUGUGUUAUCAACAUCCACAGUAUCAGUCCAUUACUAAGCAUAGUGUAACCUUGCCUAUGAUACUGUUGGGUUCUAGUUCCUCUCUUCUGGUGCUGUCUGCAACAGUCAGUGCUGUAGGUAGACUGUGGAAAGUUUAGUUCUUAAGAGGCUCUUUGAGUGUACUGCAACAUUCGGUGACUAUGUGCUCCACACUGCACUUGGUGGUGCUUAUAAGCAUGAUAGGAUGUGUCGAUCUGAUCACAGUCAGCACUCCCCACAAAAGGGUCAACGUUACAGUGGGUGAAAGUGUCCUACUCCAGUGUAUGUUCGACACCAUCAGCGACACUAAGGGCCUUACCAUCCAGUGGGACUUCGAUUCACCGUCCUCCAUUGCACCACAGCAGGUGUAUUACUAUCAGGCAGGGAAUUAUGUCGUUACUACCUACAAGGACAGGCUUGAGCUUCCCUCUUCUCCUGCCACAACCAGAAACGCCUCAAUAAUAAUACGCAACAUGCAACUAUCGGACACGGGAGUCUAUACCUGUGAGGUUCACAACAUUCCUGAUGUGACUGGAAAGUCCCAGGUCACUAUCUUGGUGAAUGUUCAUGAGAGGCCCUCUACUCCUUACUGCUCCACCCAUGGUAAUGUGGAAACGGGUCACCUGGUCACUCUGACCUGCCACAGUGAAGAGGGGAUCCCGCCACCAAUGUACACCUGGACCAGACUGGAUCAGGCGAAGACGAGGAGAACUAUGCUGGGAAUGAUGACCAAAUCUGGGAAACUGGAAUUUAGAAACAUAUCUCAGUUUGAGUUCGGGGAGUACCAGUGCAACGCCACAAAUUCAGUGGGAUUUGCAAUUUGUACUAUCGAGCUGAGUGCUGAUAGUGGAGAUGGAGUCGUUGCUGGCGCAGUGAUCGGCGCGUUGCUCGGCUGUGUCUUGAUCAUCCUGGUCGUGUGGUUCAUCGCUCACGCUUUGAAGAAACACAAAUACAAGGCGGUCAAAGCGGCCGAGGCCAACGAGAUGAAGAGGAGCCCUCACCAGGCUCAGGAAGCCUCGGAUGGCGUUCCUAUGGCAACCAGAGGCAGCAGCCUCCACGCUGAGGGGGAUGAGCCGCAAGCCUGAAAAAAGACCUGUUGAAAACAAUUGGAGCGACGUCACUAUUAAGAAUAACAGGAUGUUCGGUUUUGAACGUACGUCAUUCUCAAAUCAAUGUGAUGAAGCUCGUGUGCUUCAGGUCUUAAGUUCUGUGUUUUUUCUGAAUCAAGGAAGUCACAAUUCAACCAUGCAACAUUUGUUUUUUUUACUGAGGAUUAGCUUGAAUUGCUUUGGUUUGUUUUGUUUUACCAGUUCAUAGUUAGUAAUUAAUAUUAGUGUGAUAUUCAUGUUGAUGAGCCCUGCAUUGGAUAUACAAGCUACACUGUUGCCCAUCUCAUGAAAUGAUUGUGACAGUUUAUUCUUGAUAGAUAAAGUGUAUCUUGAUCAAUCUCUUCCGAACACAUCACGGUGAAAAUUAAAGCACCAUUAACCCGAUGUGUAUAAAUAGGAAUAAAAACAGGAAUGUGUCUGACAAACAAAAUUAUUACAACUUUAUGGGCAACAGUGUAUAUGAUAUUAGAACAAAUAUGAGGGCAAAUAAUCAGUGAAACAUUGUGUAACAAGCUUAUUCCAUGUUUUUGCGUUUCACUAUGAGCUUUUCUUAAAUGCAACCCAAAAAAGGUUGAUGAGAAACAAAAUGUGAUGAUGUGCAGCACAUUGAAACCCCGUGUUAUAUUAAAAAUAGCACAAAUACAACUUAUAAAAUGUUGAAACUGAGAUUUUUUAUUGUUUUUGGAAAAUAAUAUGCCCAUUUUAAAUUUGAUGCCAGCUGUAAUUUUGAAGGUGGCAUGUUUUCCCUUUUUCACUUGGGGUCAAUUUCAGCUGCUCAACAGUUCGGGGUCUCCUUUAUCAGCUCUCAUGUUUUAUACUGCGCCAAACAUUUUCAAUAGGUGACAAGUCUGGACUCCAGGUUCUUUUACUACGGAGCCAUGCUGUUGUAAUACAUGCAGAAUGCAGUUUGGUUUGGCAUCGUCUUGCUGAAAAAAACAAGGCCGCUCCUGAAAAAGACAUUGUUUACUUGGCAGCAUAUGUUGCUCCAAGUUUAUAUUUUUCCACAUUAAUAGCAUCUGUGUUUGAUGCCGUGCCAUCUAAUAUUGUUUUUUGGCCUUGUCCCUCGUGUACAAAGAUUCUUUCGGAUUCUCUGAAUCUUUUAAUAUUAUGAAUGGUAGAAAAUGAAAUCCUCAGAUUCUUUUUUAAAAUGAUUGCACUAUUUACCAGUGAUGUCUUUCACAAAGCGGUUAACCUCUCUCAUCUUUACUUCACAAAGACUCAGCCUCUCUCAGAUGCUCAUUUUUAUCCAAUCAUGUUAUCAACUUGUUGCCAGUUAACCUCAUUAAUUGUGAGAUGUUUCAUCAUCACAUUUUGUUUCUAUUUACAUUUUACAAAACGUGCCACCUUUUUUGGAAACGGGGUCAUAUAUUAAGACAUGAAAAUUGUUUU